AUGGCUCACUCGAGCAUGCUUGAUCUUUCUGUAAUUCAAGAUACCGCUCCAGACCUUGAAUUUCCCGCAGUGCUGGAUAGAUUUCUCCAGCAAUUCGACCAGAUGGAUGAUUUGUUCUGGGUUGACGGGCAUUGGAGUCGAAUGCUUCUCGUCUGUGCAGUCAAGCUUCAAAGAGAUAUCCUGCAAGCCCUAGAUCAAACCACUAUUACCGAUUUGUCUAGCCAGACUACGGUUAUUGCCCUGGCCCGACUUUCCUUUCGGCUGCUGGAUUCUCAUGAUGCACAGCACUGGCCGACUGUCUUGCAUGUACUUGCGAUCCCCAAGUCCACCCGCGAAACACUGCACAUUGAUGACCAGCUGUUAGCUCCAGUAAGGGAGGCAGCCUACUCGCUGGAUCCACUCCUCAACGACCUUACCCGUUACUUCUAUGUUUGCACAAAAGGCGGUAUCAUCAUGAGCCAUCGCUGGGUUGAACGGAGCUAUGCGGAACAGAUCAGUCAUUGCCCGGUGGCUUUGGAAGCCGCCCGCAAGAUACAUGAUAUAUGGGUGCUAGACGUCGACGAUAUAACAACAUUCCAGAGCCCAGAGGUGGUGGAUCGCUCUGGCUUCGUGCAAAAUGACUUUAUCCCGGUGUAA